AUGUUUCAACAAUCUCCCUAUAGCGAGCUUAUUGGAAGCUUGUUGUACUUGAGCGUGUGCACACGGCCCGACAUCGCUGUAGCCGUGGGUGCUGUGGCGCGCCACACGAGUGCGCCAACGGAGGCGCAUUGGACGGCGGCGCAUGGGGUGGUGUGCUACUUGGCAGGGACGGCGGAAGCCGGAAUAACGUUCGGGGGUAGCGGCGAGGUCCUCGAGGCGUUUUGCGACGCCGAUAAUGCGGAGGACAUCGACACAAUUCUACGAUGGGGAGGAAUACGGCUCCUCAAGCAUCCGAUCGCUUCGCAGCAAUCGAAGCACAUCGACGUGAUUCAUCACUUUGCGCGGAAGCGGGUGGUGCGCAAGGAGGUCGACUUCGCGUAG